UUCCUGAGAUCUUCCCGCGCUUCGGUGAAAAUAAUCAUGGCGGUCUAUAACCGAAGCUCUCAAGAAAAUGCAAUCCGUGACAUCAACAUUUCCAAUUGCCAUAUUGAAACCUUGGUAAUCGGUAAUGGAAACACUGUGAAUACAAGCCGUCGGCGACUUGACUAUCCUAUACAACGAACAGAUUCUAGGUCAGGAAGAAGAGCGACCCAAAGAAUAAUAGACCACGACGGUGGAUGGAGAGGAAAAAAGAGAAAGCAAACCAAAAUAAGAUUCUCACAACGCAAACAUAGAGCUAAUUCAAACUUUUCUUUGAAAACUACUUCAAGCGACAGCGAAGAAGAUACCUAUUAUGGACCAGAAAUUUCCCCAACUGUUUCGGGGGAAUGCGAUCGCGGAUUUGAAAGCUCGAUGAAGAAAUUACAUUCUGUUUUGAACAAACUGCAUCCUUUACGAGACAGCGGGAAUUUCAAGGAGUUCAAUAGCCUAGCAGAUCGCGUCCUUUUGGCUAGCAAAGGCGAUGACGAGCUUGAAAUAUUAAUCCUCAUUGAAAAAAGCGUCGUCGUCAGUUAUCAGAACAACUUAGAGGAGGCAGAAUUGAUGGUUCGAGAAGCUUUGGACACCCUCCUGAAAUCGAAAGUGAAAGUUCAGAUGUCCUACUUCCUGGCGUCUAUGGCAAACCUUCACCUUGCCGGCUUUUACCGACGACUGAAUAAGCACGGAGAAGCAGAGUCAAAAAUAACUUUUGCCGAUCAGAAUUCAAGAAAAGUAAACUCUCGCUACUUGAAAGCCUUGAUAUUCUACGAAAUGGCAAGUAAUUUGACUAAGUACAUUUCUACUCUCCCUCUUAAUCAGCCUGCACGCGGAGAGCUAGUGGAACAGUCGAAGGACCUCAUGAAGCAGUGCAUAGCUCUCUGCAUUGAACUCGAUGAUGACAGCAUUUACAUUAAAAAACACCAUUUUGGGCUGCUUAAACUAGCACUGCUGGACCUGAAUUGCCGCACAAGACCAGCCCGGGAACAUUCGAUCAGUAGUAAAAGCAUCGCAGAUGCGAAGAACUGCCUCGAAACAGUUCAUGAAAAAUAUCAGAAUGAGAUGAGCGAGGCACAAAUGAUACAGUUCCUGGUGGCAAAGUCAGACCUGGAUUACAGGCUUGGCGAUCUACAGACAGCAGAAACGUAUGCAAGCCAAGCAUUGUCCCUAGCUGAAACUCAUGGAUUCAGUUUAGAAUUAAAUGCCAUUAAGGAAAGACAAGAAGAUAUGAGCAAACAAAUAACAUCGGAGGAAGCUAUGGAUUUUGUACCAUCCCAUGAAAACGCCCGCCAUGAUACAUUGUCAUCCAGUACUGCGUCAUCUAAAAGGAACUCUCCUUACUCCUCGGGAUGUGAGAUGGAGUAAAUGCUAGAAUUAUGUGAUGCGUCUCCAGUGUAAAGUGCUUGCCACUUGACUAUGAAAUGUCCAAGAGCCUAGCAAGUAAGCUGUUGCGGUAUGUAAGACAAAAUUUGCCCCGUUAUAUAUAUUCUCUCCUUACAUUUAAUUUCUUGAGGAAAUUUUUAGUUCAGUUUACCCGCAGUUAAGAAGGCAAAAUCUGCAGAGUUUUGUUCGACUAGCCUUGCUAGAGUGUUACAAGUCACUGUUUUCUAUUAAAAAUUGGGCCAGUCCGGUGAUGAAAAUAGUAUUGAGGUGACUGAGAUUUUCAGGCUAAUACUGUGUUCUGAGAAACACUGGGCCAGCAUGGUAACGAAAAUAGUGCUAAGGCGAGACCUGUGUAUCUGAUCUUGGUCUUGUUGACCAUACAGUUAGAAGGACCUCUCCCAAAAUGUUAGAAUUACAACCCUUUUUUAGUUUAUAUUUACCUCUAUCAAAAUAGCAUGAUACAGAAAUCUGCAAUAAGAAUCUACCCAUAUGAAGCAUUAAUGAUAUAAACCACAAAGAAUUUGUAAAUAGUGACUGAAACUGAAAUGGCUGUAGUGAGGAUUAGUCAGUUCAGAAGCAAAUCGUUUAAAAUCUUGCAAAGAAAGUUAAAAAAAUUUUUGCCUCCAAAGUAUACCUCUGACAGUCUUGAGGUCUUAGGUUUAAGUUGACCAGGUCCCCAUGCUGGGUUGUUAUGAAGUUACACAGUCAUUAGGCUCAAGUGUUUCACUCCACUUAGAAGCAAAAAUUUUAUAAUGACUCUAAAUGCUUUUACUCCCAUGAGUGACAAAGACAUAAUUAUUUCUCCUUACAGUAUCAAUACAAAAUUAAACAAUAGGUAGAUGAGAAUAGCAAAAACUAUUAAAUAAAGAUCAUCACUUUCAUCACAUAUCAAAUUCUCGAAAGUAAACUUUGUAGGAAAUGUAUGGCAAACAAUCACAAUAUUUACUACUGAGAUUUUGGGAGUGAAAGUUUAAGAAACUGUCAAGGAAACCUGGCAAACACUUGAAGCUUAAUGUUGUAAUGGUUUGGCAUGCAAUUCAGGGAGGAGUAGCAGUUUAUUCCUGUAAUAGUAUCAUAACCAGUACAAUUUCCUCAGCUGUGACUAGUGCGUUACAUGUGGCUGCUUUAUUUUUCAUCAAUUAUUCUAUAGAAGUGUGAUUGGACAGUGUAAUCUGACAAUUAGCAGUUAUCAGACAGUUUAAGCAGCCAAUCACACUAUACCUGCUCAGCUAAAUUCACCAGGUACAUGAUUGCUUACAAUAACCAUAGUAACAACCAUUUACCCAACCAAAGUGGGGAGCUUCCAAAAUUGAGGAUUUAUUUAGAUUAGACAAUGUCUCUAUUGGAAAUAAUUUCUUGGAAAUUAAACAUGGUUAUGAUUAAUUGGUAACAGGACUUUGUGUCGUCCAAUUUGGUCUGUAAUCAUACAUGUGAAUGACAUUCACCAGACUCCUGCUUUGUGGUCAUCCAAUUUUGUAAAUCACUUGUCCUAUUACCAUUAUUACUCCUAAGGGAUAAUCACCAGCAGUAAGGUCCAUACUUCUGCGGUGCAGGCAGCUUGCAGUGCUUGGUUAAUGUUUCCUUUGGGUUCCAAGCUUUCUACAGAAUCUAUUGAUCAAUUUUUCUUUGAAAUUUGCCUUGAAAAGUAGCCACUUAUGUUUCCAAAAUAUUCAUGUACCUCUACAGUUUUAUUCUCAUUUGCCAUUGCAAAUAAAAAUAUAUAUUCAUUUUAUAAAUGAAAAAAGAAUGACUUGUAAAAAAAGGAUAACUUUCACAACACAAAAUAUGUUUUGUUCCCCCUGUGCAAUGUCAACACAUUAAGUUUUAUUAAUAUUCAUAACAGUUUAAUUAAGCAUUUGGUAUUAUUGUCUCAUAAAAAGGAAUGUGUGUAAAUUCAUGUAUAAGCAAAUACUCUCGCUACUAACAAAAUGAUAAGAAAAAUGAUUUGUUCUUAUCAAGUCAGACAUGCCAUUUAGUACUAGUAACCUGCUGACCAGUAUGUAAGAGUUGGCUCUCAAGCAUUGAGAAUGUGCAUGUUUGAAAAAAAAGGGUUCCUGGCUGUGUGCUUGCCACAACAAUGAACCACCUCAAAAUACCAAGUGAAAUAAGAUUUAUUUGAACACUUUUGGUGACACAAGAUCAGUCCUUGACCAUGUGCCUUUGCAAACCAUUUAUAACUUCCUGUGUGCUGUUAUCUAUUUUCUUUUUUUACUCUGAUUAUCAGGAGUGGUCUAAAUAGGCUACAGAAAUGAUAGAAAACCCAUCUACAUGUACAUCUAAUUUAUCACUCAUUCUAUUACCAGUUGCCUGACAUGAGUUUUAAGCCUUAGAUUAAAGAUUAAAAAAAGUUUGAAACACCAA